AAACCUGUCUCAUUCUCUUCGUCACUCAUUUCUCUAUAACCCACAAAUAUGUCUCAAUCACGGGGCGUUAUCACGUCCCUUUUGGACACCGAUUUGUACAAACUCACAAUGCACGCAGCGGUGUACACGCACUUUGCCACCGUCCCUGUGUGCUACGCCUACACCAACAGAACGCCCUCUAUGAAGCUCAACGCGGCGGCGAUUGCGUGGUUGCAGCAACAGAUUGCGUUACUUGGUGAAUUGCGCUUUUAUCCAGCCGAAAUUGCGUAUCUUGCGCAGCAAAUCCCGUACCUCCCCCAGGCGUACUUGACAUAUCUAGAGACUUUCCGCUUGAAUCCCUCGUCGGAGGUGCGGUAUGUGACAAAGGACGGCGAGUUCGGGUUAGAAAUGUCAGGACAAUGGGCGAACGUUAUUCUCUAUGAGAUUCCUGUGCUAGCACUUGUUUCAGAAGCGUACUUCCGCUUCGUCGACACCGACUGGAGCUAUGACGGUCAGGUGGAACAGGCUAAACACAAGUGCCGGGAGUUGUUUGCAAAUAACUGCGUGUUUAGUGAGUUUGGGACCCGCAGAAGAAGAUCGUUCCGGAGCCAAGAAAUGGUCGUCCAGGGCUUAUGUGAGUAUGCUGCUACUUCUGACAAACCCCAGAUGUUGUUGGGAACGUCGAAUGUGCUUUUGGCGAUGCAAUAUGGUGUGAAGCCGAUUGGUACUGUGGGCCAUGAAUGGUUUAUGGGUGUUGCAUCUAUCACCCAGGACUAUGUCAACGGGAACAAGCUUGCAAUGGACUACUGGAUUCAAACCUUUGGGGCGUCCAAUGCUGGAUUAGCCUUGACCGACACCUUUGGUACGGAAGCGUUUUUAAAGCACUUUGUCAAGCCAUAUACUGAUUACUAUACGGGGGUAAGGCAGGAUUCGGGCGACCCGUUGGUGUAUACCGAGCGAAUUGCCCAACACUAUCAGUCUUUAGGCUACGCCGCGGGCUCCAAGAUUGUCUGUUACUCUGAUUCGCUCAACUUGGAAAAGUGCGCUUUGUACAAGCAGAAGGCGGAUGCCCAUGGUUUAAUUGCAUCCUUUGGGAUCGGCACCUUCUUUACCAAUGACUUCAAGACCGCCUCUGACGGGUCCAAGUCUCAGCCGUUGAACAUUGUGAUCAAGUUAAAGGAAGUGAACCAUAUGCCUGCCAUCAAGAUCAGUGAUAAUAGUGGUAAGAACAUGGGCGACGCUUCCACUGUGGCACGUGUCAAGCAGGAGCUAGGCUACAACGAGACUGUCUGGAGUGAGGGCGACGAGUCCCAGAGGUGGAAGCAAUAGAGUGAUUUAUUGAUUGUUUCUUUUUUUUUGGACUUUAAUAAUGAAUAAUACUAACAAUAUACCGAAAACAGAAGUAGGAAAGAUAGAGUAUCGUUGAGAGGAGAUCGCUACCAG